CCCAACUUUAACGGACAGUAUGCUCUAGGUCAAGGUACCUGAAAAUGAAUGUAACAUGAACCAGACACACAUCUGUGAGACAGAUACUAUGAAUUUACCUUUGAAAUCUGCAAAGGGGAUUUCUGGUGGUAUUCGCAGAAUGCUUCAAUGUGUCAAUAUGAGAGGGGCGUUAUUAUCAGCUGAGAACCUCCAGGAAAUAAGCCUAGGUUAAGCAAGUGAAAUGGAAAACAAAAAAAAAAGAGCAGAGGACUCGCAUUUAAUAACUAUUACUGAGGUCUAUAUUCACAUGCUUAUGGGAGCUUGGAAAUAUGUUAGAACUGAUGACUGCUGAGCAAUGAAUUCAAGGGCCAGUCUAUUGGGAGUAUUUUUUUUUUCUCAGUGACUUAAACUUCUGUCUGAGUUCUCAAAGUUUUUAGUCAGUUGGCAUGUAGCAGAGCUGCGACUUCCCCAAGGAAGCCCUUCCUCAACUUUCACUGGAGGGCUGUCGGGAGAGCCUGGGAGACGAACACUGCAAGCAGAAGGGAAGCCUCCUCCUUCAUCCAAACAGCAGAGCCAUGAAACUGUAUUUUUUACUCUUCCUGGCAGCGAACGGAGGGAUCUCAAGCCAUCGGCCCUUGGAAGAGUCACCCUGUGAAAUGGUAAAGAUGAAGGCAUUUUGUCAUGGCAAAGAGCUUCACCAAAUCCCUCCAGAGCUCCAUCCAAACAUAAAUAAAAUAGAUUUGUCUGGAAAUGAGAUAAGAAAUCUCUCUGAGAAGCCCCUGACAUUUUACACCUCGCUCCAGCAUUUGGAUUUAAGAUCCAACCAAAUAAGCUUCAUUGAGCCCGGCGUCUUCACAUACAUGACAAGCCUGGUUGAGGUCAUUUUAGCCAAUAACCAGUUAGAUGAGUUGGCUCAGCAUAGGACACCAGGAGUUGGACUUUUACCAGAGAUCAGAACAUUGGACUUGUCCCACAACAGACUCUACAAUGGAAUGGCUGAAUAUUUUAUACACAAAGCACCAUCACUUCAGUAUCUUUCCUUGGCAGAAAACAGCAUUACCGUGAUAUUACACAGGAUGUUUCAGGGGUCUCCGGCUCUUGUUGAGGUUGACCUCCACAGUAAUAUCAUCAUGGAAAUAGAAGAAGGUGCCUUUGAAACUCUGGUGCAUCUCACCAAGCUCAAUCUCUCCAUGAACUCCAUCACUUGCAUCUCAGAUUUCAGCCUCAGACAACUCCAGAUACUCGACCUCAGUAGGAACAGCAUUGAGACUUUUCAUGCUACAGAGUCAAAGGAAGAGUAUAACCUGAGGUGGCUGGAUCUUAGUGAGAACAAGCUACUGCGCUUCCCAGUUUUCCCCCAGGUGAACAAGCUGGCGUAUCUGAAUUUAUCUAAGAAUUUAAUGCAGUUUACUGCAGACUCUGCUCACGAUGAGGUGUACUAUAUGGAAAGGGACUGGCUGGAAGCUCCUUUUCAUCUUCUGGAUCAGAAGCAAAAUACAAACACAAGUUCUCUGUAUCUAUCCCAGCUUUUAUAUUUAGACUUAAGUUAUAAUGAGAUCAAAGCCAUCCCAAAUGAGUUCUUUGAGUCAAUGUCCUCGCUUCGGUUUCUUAAUCUCAGUAAAAAUUGCCUCCAGACGUUUGCAGUAAAUUAUGAUAGUGCAUUGAUCUCACUAGCCAUCCUUGAUUUAAGCUUCAAUGCUUUGCAGAAUCUCUUACUAGAUGCCAGCAUAUUGACUAAUUUACAGGAGCUCUACAUUCAAAACAAUCAUCUCCAGGCCCUGCAAUUUGAUAUCUUCGCAAGCCUUCCCAGCAUCAAAUUGAUUAAUCUCCAGAGUAAUAAUAUUAGUUUUUGCAGCAUGUAUUCAGGAUUAGCUAAACAAAGGCUUACUGGCGAGGAGAAUGGUUGUGUUUCAUUUGUUGACUUCCCUGCUCUUAGGUACUUAUACCUAGCUGACAACAUGUUGAAGAACUUACCAGUGUAUGCUUUUUACAAGACUUCACUAAUUCUCCUGGAGCUCUCCAUGAACAAAGGACUGAAAAUAGAGGCUAACGCAUUAUCAGGACUGGAGACAUCUCUUGAGUAUUUGAAUUUACAUGGCAAUGGCAUGACCGUUUUAAAUAUCGACCUGCCUCGUUUUCAUCACCUUAAACAUUUAAACCUGUCUGAAAAUCAACUGAGCUGGCUACCCAAGUGGGGUAGUGACGCUUCCCUGGAAGUUCUAGAUCUACGGAAAAACAGUUUUUGUAAUCUACAGAGCAGUAACAUUUUAGCAUUAGAGAACUCUCUUAAAAACUUAUAUCUUGCUGGGAACCCACUCAGCUGCUGUGGAAAUGUCUGGCUCUCAUCUAUGAUCCAGAAGAAAAAUGUAGCGAUCCCUGGUGUAGAGCAGAUAACAUGCCAGUACUCCAAGAGCUUUGGGUACCAAGAAGAAAUUUAUAUUAGCAACAUAAGACCAGAAGUCUGUGAAAAAGAGGAUCUAAAGAAAAUUAACUUGCUUAUUAUACUAACGGUUGCAUUAAUUUUAUCAGUGAUCAUCAUUGGACUGGGUGCAUUUUGUUGCUUCCGCAGACAAAAGUUUAGCCAGCAAUUUAAAGCAUAGCACACGCACUGACUUAAUGAGAAAUCAAAUCAGGUGCUACACUGAAAACAUGGAGAAAUGAAAGGUCAAAUUCUUGGCUUUGAUUUAACUGUGGAUUUUAAACCAGCUUUUAAUCUGCUCUCAGUCGCACCAGCAUCAUUCUUGGGGUUGCAGUCACAAAGUAACCGAGAAGAGAAUGUCACAUUUUGCACUUGUUCCAUUCUCAUGCAGAACUGUGAAAUCUUGCUCAUCAGAAGCUGAGAAUCACGUAAAACUGCUAGGUUAAGGUUUGUGGAACUUAAACCAGCCAAAACUCUUUUGGGCACUACAAACUUUUCACUGAAAUGCUAAGCCAGCUUUUUGGUGCCUCUGGAUAAGGAGAAUCCUCUCACUCCCCAUGCCAAGGCUGCGGAUCAUGGUUUAAUGGUCAUUUGUAUACCAGCACUUGGGGAUCUCAUCACAGCUGACAGGCAGGGUGACUCCUCAUACACCUUUGCAAAACUUCCCAAACCCACAUGCUUCAGCAAAACCCAUCUCUUUGGUUUUGGGUUUUGCUUUGUCAUAACAGGUUUGAGGCAGUUCAACUCCUAAAGCUAAACUCAAGGGAAGUGAACGCACAUGACCCAGGACCAGUGAAAAACAAAGUCUGACCCUUCUCCCUUUGAAGUCAAUUGCAAAUCUCCCACUCAUUCCAAUGUGAACAGGAUUAGAUUAGUGAUCUCAAAAAACAGUAACUUCACACAGAUCUAUGGAGCUCAUGACAGCUGCCUAAGCAAUACGGUUGUUUGUGAGGAUCAAACCAAGGAUCUUCAGUACCAAAACCACACGUGUCUAACGCUUGUGUUAAAGGAGAUCUCAAUUAGUUAGCAGCAGGCUGUUACAUUCAACGGGACUAGCGACUACUGGGAGACAUGAUUACGCACAUGAAGCUCAGUGUAUUAUGCCUAUAUCACAAUAUGUGAUAGACAUUUGCACUGAGUAACAGUUCAGCUCAGAGAGGAGGAAUGUCUCCAUAGGGUGCAAUAUAUAUUUAUCUGGUUUUAAUGUGAAGAAAUUCAUUUCUUUGGCAAACACGUUAUUUAAAAAAAAUCUCCCUUAAAGAAUGAAUUUCAGCCAGUAAAUAUUAGACCUAAAUGUUUAUUGGUUUAGAAACAGCAAUUUAACACACACUGCAUACUGUUAGAUUUCAAUGCAUGAAGUAUAUAAAAAAAAGUAUAAAAUAAAAUAAUUAUCCUCCAGUAAUUGUCCUAGAUGGAAUUUUUUUUUUUAAUCUCAGGUGUAUAAACUUCAUAGGUCCUUUGCCAAGGACUCAAAAAGGCAACCAAUACCUCUUGGUGGUUGUCAAUUCUUUUUCAAAAUGGGUAAAGGCAUUUCCUCUAAAGGCCAAUACUGCAAAAGGCACAGCGAGGGUCCUAGUAAAGCAAGUCUUCUCUCAAUGGGAAUCACAUUUUACUGGACAGUUCUUUAUGAACUGCUUUAAAUUAAUGAAAGUCCUGCAAAAACUACACAUGCCAUACAAACCACAGUCAUCUAGGAUGGUGAAACAAACCAAUCGAACUCUAAAAGUAAUGUUUAAAAAACUGGUUAAUACCAGUAGGCGUAAGUGGAACACUCUCAUGAUUUAAUUUGGCACACUAGUGGCACUCAAUUUAAAAAAAAUAAAAAAAAUAACUGCCUACCUGCAAAAUCUGCAAAAACGUUUAAAUUAGGUCUACUUGCAGACAGUUGCUAAAUUGGAAAAAUCCAAACAAAAGGCAAAGGCCUACUUUAACAAAACAAACAAACAAAAAAGGUUGAAAAACAAGUAUUGCUGUUAUCUUACAAAGCACCAAAGCAAAAAGUGUGGAGAAAGUAAAUAAGGAAGUGUUAUUUACUCCUUCUCAUAACACAAGAACUAGGGGUCACCAAAUGAAAUUAAUAGGCAGCAAACAAACAAACAAAACAAACAAAAGGAAGUAUUUUU